AUGGCCCUGGUUCCUUAUGAUGACACCCACCUGUGGGGGAUGCAGAAGCUGCACAAACCAUCUGCGGUAUACUUGUUUGCCAACCACACGAUCCAGAUCAAGCAGAACUGGCAGCAGCUCGGGGUGGCUGCUGUGGUCUGGGAUGCGGCUGUAGUCCUUUGUACGUACUUGGAGACGGGAGAAGUUGACCUCCGAGGGCGUUCAGUGAUUGAGUUAGGAGCGGGAACUGGCUUGCUAGGAAUAGUAGCGGCAUUACUUGCAAUGAAAUUUGCUAUGACAACCUUCAUAUGUUUAACUUUUAUUUUCCCAUUAGGUGCUCACGUUACAAUCACGGACAGAGAGGCCGCCUUGGCGUUUCUCAAAGCAAAUGUACAAGCGAAUUUACCCACUGACAUUCAGCCGAGAGCCAUUGUAAAAGAACUGACUUGGGGGCAAAACUUGACAAGCUUCUCUGCGGGAGAGUACGACUUCAUCUUGGGCGCGGACAUAGUUUACCUGGAGGAAACGUUUGCGGACCUUCUCCAAACGCUGGACCACCUGUGCGCUGACCACACCGUGAUCCUGUUAUCUUGCCGCCUGCGUUAUGAGCGAGACCAGAACUUCCUGAUGAUGUUAAAAGGGUUUUUUUCCGUCCGUGAGGUGUGCUAUGACCCUGGCAACGAUAUACAUAUAUUCGAAGCAAAGAGGCGUAAACGGAAAGAAGAUUUGUGA